UCGUUAGUUAAGGUGGCUGUUCGAUGAAAAAAAAAAAAAAAAGAGUUAGAGGUAGCUGUUGGAUACAACGUAAGGACGGAGUUGUCUCCUGCUAUCUCUACUUGUUCUCUCUCUCUCUCUCUCUCUCUUUCAAAGAGUAGACUUGGUGGCUAGUAAUUAUCUUCUGCUCAGGUAUGCUAGGAAGACAAUUGGCUUCUCCCCUGUUAACAUUUGAUUCUCCUACACGUUUAAGCUUUUCAACCCCUGAUAGAGCAAUAGCUUCACCUAAUAUUGCUUGUUUGAAUGUAAACUCCUCUCAAGCUCUUCCAUCAAAUUUAAUCCAAGGAGCCUGGACCUCUCAUUUUCCUCGUAAGAAGUGGACAAUACAUUCCUCUGCACAAAUUGAUAAUUUAACUUUGAACGAUGAAGACAAGAAGACAUGGGAAACAUGCAGAGAAGCCCUGUCUGCAUUUGAGUUCAGCAUUGAGGAGAAAGACAAGAUACUUGGAAAAGCAUUUGGUCAUGUGCAUUCACCUUACUGGGGCGAAGAACGAAAACGAGAAGUCCCAAAAUUUGAAAUCGUAAAUGAAAUACUAGAUCAUUUGAGGAGUCUUGGCCUUUCAGAUGAUGAUCUCUACAAGUUGGUAAAAAAAUUUCCAGAAGUUCUUGGCUGUAGUCUGGACAAGGAGUUGAAGACUAACGUGCAGAUACUCGAAAAGGACUGGGGGAUAAAAGGAAAAUCAUUGCGAAAUCUUCUUCUUCGAAAUCCUAAAGUAUUAGGUUACAAUGUUGAUUGCAAGGGAGAUUGUAUGGCACAAUGCACACGUUGCUGGGUUCGGUUCUAGGCAUCACAGAACGCGAGUCGUAUUUUCUUAUACGAAAGGGAACAUUUUGCAGCAUUCUUCAUUGUUAUGCAUUUUAUCUGUGUAUAUUUUUUGAGUUCAAUCUAUUCUAUGUGCAUCAAUGAAAGUGUAUUAGUUCACUAAUCGCAAUAAUGUUUUAGCUUGCAUUGACACAUCAAUUUGUAGUUGUUUACUGAUUUAUGCCUAAAGUAACCUUACUUAUUUUA